GGGCGGCGGCAGACGCUCGACCUCCGUGGGUCUCCCUGUCUUUUCCCGCCAUGUCGUUCGUAGCGAGUGCCAGGUCCGCGGGCGCGCGACGGCGCCGCCGGGUCACCCCGGGCCCCGCGACUCGGCCUGGGUAUUCCGACUUGGCUCAGGGGGAUGGCUGGGGCGAGGGCGAGGGCGACGAGGACGAGGGAUGCGACCAAGUGGCCCGCGACCUGCGGGCAGAGUUCUCAGCCGGGGCGUCGUCGGAGCCCAGGAGGGCCCCGCUGCUCCCGCCAGUCGGGGACGGGUCGCCCGUCCUGCCCGAUAAGCGCAACGGCAUCUUCCCGGCCACUGCGGCCGCCAGAACCCAGGCUCGGCGGUGGCCCGUCCAGGUCCUCUCCAUUCUGUGUUCGCUGCUCUUCGCCGGCCUCCUUGCUUUCCUCCUCGCCAUCGCCUACCUGAUCGUUAAAGAAUUGCAUGCAGAAAAUUUGAAAAAUGAAGAUGAUGUAGAUACUGGGCUGUUAGGGUUCUGGUCUCUGCUGACACUGUCUCUAACUGCUGGAUUCUCCUGUUGCAGCUUCUCCUGGACAGUGACUUAUUUUGAUUCUUUUGAACCAGGAAUGUUUCCACCUACUCCUCUUUCACCUGCUAGGUUCAAGAAACUGACUGGACAUUCUUUCCACAUGGGCUAUAGUAUGGCGAUUUUGAAUGGCAUUGUAGCUGCUCUUACUGUGGCAUGGUGCCUCAUGUAAACCCACAGUAGGGCAAUAUUGUUGGUGAAAGUCCUGAUUGUUUUAUAAUAACAGAAAUGAACAUUGCCUACUCAGAAGACUAUGAAAUGUGAUUCAGAUACAUACGUCAUCAUCAUCAUCAUCAUUAUGGAAGACCUUAUAGAGCAUCAUUUCAGAUACUAGGCAAUGGGAAUAUUUGAGUACUUUCAAAUACUUUCUUAAAAGUAUAAGAUGUUUACCUCAUCUUUUUACUUUUGUUUAUGUAGUUUUAUAAGUUACAGAAAAUAUUUUAAUGGAAAUCAAACUUGGAAACUUGAAUACAGUAUAAUGCCUCCA